AUGGACCGUAAAGGACGUGAACGCAAGUUUCCUGGCAUGAAAAUCGUGAUGCCACAGCCGGUCGAGACGCCAACAAUGAAUCUGGAAGACAGAUGUCUUAUCAAGCUGACAAACGAAUCCGAGGAGAUUGAGAUUGCCGCCACUGACCUAAUCGUCCUCGAGGAACUUGGUAAAGGAGGUUACGGGAUUGUGGAGAAGAUGCAGCACAGACAAAGUGGACUUAUCAUGGCAGUGAAGCGUAUCAAAUCAUCCAUCAACGAUCAGUCUCAAAAGCAGAUGCUCAACGAGCUCGACGCGUGCAGAAGAAGUGAUUGCUGUCCGCAGAUGGUUCGAUUCUAUGGUGCAAUGUUCCGCGAGGGAGACGUUUGGAUUUGUAUGGAAGUCAUGGACACGUCACUCGACAAAUUCUAUCGUCACGCUUACAAGAUUGGAAAGCACAUUCCGGAACCAUUCAUCGGAAAGAUGGCUCUUUCUGUGAUCGAGGGAUUGAAUUUCAUGAAGGAGCAAUUGAAUUUGAUUCACCGUGAUGUGAAACCAUCGAACAUCUUGCUCAAUCGUCAUGGACAAGUCAAAAUUUGCGAUUUCGGAAUUUCGGGUCACUUGACAAACAGCUUGGCAAAGACUGUUCAAGCCGGAUGCAAGCCAUAUAUGCCACCAGAGAGAAUCGACGGCGAGACGAAAACUGCAUAUGACGUCAGAGCCGACGUGUGGAGUCUUGGAAUUACCAUCAUCGAGAUUGCUGUAGGAACUCAUCCAUACGCCAACUGGAAGACACCAUUUGAACAGUUGAAGCAAGUCGUCAAGGAGCCACCACCAAAGCUUCCAUCGGAAUCUGGAUUUAGUGCCGAUUGUCAAUUCUUCGUCAAGCGAUGUCUUGAGAAGAACUAUGCUGACCGUCCAAAGUAUCCAGAGCUCCUAGCUAUGCCGUUCAUGGAGAUGGCUAGAAACGAGAAACAAUUCAGCAUGGCUCGUUUCAUUAACGAGACUGUUUUAGUAUUCAUUCCCCAUACUAGCCUUCAUUAUCCAACAUCCGAAAAUAAUCCAAAAAUGUUCUUUUAA